AUGGAGUCAAUUCCUACACUACGACGAUGCCUUUUGGCUCAAUUUCGACGUCCGGCUCGGACAGCAGCCCCAAUCUAUCUUGAUUUCCUCGCCCCGACGGCUGUGCGCGCCCAACGCCGACAUGCUUCUACCACCGGCCCUUCCGGUACCGCCAAACCUCGAUAUAGCCUAAGCAAAAAGCAGCGAGAGUUCCUCGAAAGUGCCUUGCGCGUCAACCAGGCUGGUGAACUCGCCGCGACCCUCAUCUACACUGCCCAAACCCCCCACGUGGUCCGCUCUCACCCACACCUUCGCCCGUUGAUGAAGCACAUGUACGACCAAGAAGCAGGCCACCUGAAGACAUUCAACCAGCUUGUUGCGAAGCAUCAGGUUCGCCCGACCGCCAUGUAUCCGGUAUGGGAGAUGGCGGCCAGUUUCUUGGGAUGGUCGACCGCCGCGCUGGGCCGUGAAGCGGCCAUGGCGUGCACUGAAGCAGUGGAAACGGAAAUUGGAUCGCACUACAAUGAUCAAGUUCGCGAGAUUUUGUCAUGGGAGGCGGAUGCUGAGCGCCGGGGAGAGGAGCUGGAUGACGAGUUGAAGGAAAUGCUGUCCACUUUCCGGAGAAUUCGCGAUGAGGAGCUCGAGCACCUGGAUCACGCUGUGGCCAACGACUCCAAGGAGGCAAAGCCGUAUGAUCCUCUGGUAGAUGUUAUCCGACUUGCGUGCAGGGCUGCCAUUAAGAUCAGCGAACGAGUCUGA